AUGGUCAAGUGUACUUCGUUGUGGGUGGCGGCUUCACGAAAUUUUUUCCAUGUCGUUGCCACUUUACUGGAGCAUGGCGCCGACGUGAAUACACAAAGCAGCUCACAAAGAAGCGCCGUCAGCAUUGGCUGCCACAGCGUGAAGCUUGUGCGCUACCUGGUGCAACACGGUGCCGAUAUACAGGUUCCUGACUGUAAGGGCCGGACGUGCCUUAUCUAUUCGGUGCACUCGUCCCGGCUCUGCCAAUUGUUGAUUAAAUUAGGCGCGAACGUGAACCAGACAGACAACAAAGGCAAAGAUGCGCUACAUUUUGCGAUACGUAAGGGGAAGAUUGAAUCUGUGAAGAUUCUUAUAAAAAGUGGAGUUGAUAUUCUCCGUAUCGGCCCUAAAGGAAACACUCCUCUUGAACUUAGUGCAAUUGAAUGCAAGCCAGCUUUAGUUGAAUAUCUUCUGGGAACAAACUGUUACUCAACAGAAUCCAAAGCAAACGCCUAUGAACUUUUGGGAAGCAAACUUCUAAUGGAUGAUCUCGGCCAAACCAAAUUCUACUGGGAGAAAGCUUUGCAAAUACGUAACCAGGACCCUGCCAAUCUAUUUCCAAAAACAGUUCCAGAACAUCGAGAUCAUCCAUCUGUGGAAAUCCCACUCGGUGUAGAAUUCCAAACAAUUGAAGACUUGAACAAAAUAUCGGUCAGUCUUGAGUCAAUGUGGACGCAGGCGUUAUUAAUCCAAUUACGAGUUCUCGGACCGAAACAUCCCGGUACAAGCAACUCUUUUACCGAAAAGAUUUUCAGUCAUAUUAACCGUGCUGAAUUCGAUCCCGGGAUGGUACUGCUCGAAUGCCUCUUUCUUUUCUAUGCCACGCAUCUCGAUCCGCUUCCCGUCGGCCUCUACUUGACGGUCAGCAUGCUAAGAGCCAUGGCAAUUUCACUGAUAGAGAUCGAUAACUACGACAUCCAACACGCGCACAAUCUUGUUUGUUCUAUCACCCGCUACGUCAGCAAUGUCGGAAUGGAUUUCGUCGAUUCUCUCAGCCCGACCGACCGGCAAAACAAAAUGCCCGACGUUGAGCUCUACCUGAUCGAGAUUCUAUCACAGCUCGGUUAUGUUUUAUCAUUUCCCCUCACUGAAGAACAACAUGACCGCCUGAACGUGACGCUGUACAAUUUGAUCCGACGUAGUCCUCACGGGCCUGGCAAGGUCGGCUUACUCCACUUAACUAUCCGCUUGAACCUGUCCCAAAACGUGCUGAGCAAACUACUUAAGUGCGGCGCAAACAUCGAUUGGCAAGAUGAGUGGGGCAACACAGCUGUCCAUUACGCUAUUCAUCGCUUCUUGACAGAUCAUCAACCUGAUAUGCUGAAAUGCCUUCUCGACCACGGAUGCCACGUAGACCUUACAAACAGCUGUGGUUACUGUCCCUUAGGAUUCCUUCGACAAAACGGCAUCUUGGCCAACCCACUGAGUCACAUAACUUUGCAAUGCAUGGCUGCUAAAGUCAUAAAAAAAUAUCGAAUUCCAUAUAUGGACAUCCUUCCAAAGGAAGUCAGAUAUUUUGUUAAUUUGCACUGA